CCUCUUCGCUUCUUGCUGCCAUAUAAAAACUUCAUUUUCCUAAACAGCUUCAAUAAUCUAAGGAGUUUUUAUCAAGCAAAAGAGUUUUGUAUUAAUUCAAGUAAUAUCCAUUACAAAAUGUCGCUGUAUCCAUCGCUAGAAGACAUGAAAGUCGACCAAAUGGCCCAAGCACAGGCACAUCAAAUGCGAGCUCAACAUCAAGCUGUUGGAUACGCGCCUCAGCCUGCAAUGCCUGGUCAGCCUGCAAUGCCUGCACCAGGGCCAUCCAGCAGUCUUUACCCUUCAUUAUCAGAUUACAUGGGACUUGAUGUGUCAGAAGAAGCAUUACGACAACAUGUUCCUGACUAUACUGGAGCUGUUGUUCCAAGUGGUGGYAAUGCUGUUGUACCUCAAACUGGCAGUGGAGCGAUUGCCCCAGUUAGUGGUUCAAAUAAUCUUGGUAUACGAAGAGCAGAGAUCAAGGGAGGAGUCCGUGAGGUUAUUAUUUGUAAAGACAAUGAUGGAAAAUUGGGUCUUCGAGUUAGAGCAGUCAACAAGGGUGUAUUUGUGGCAUUUGUUCACAAYAACUCUCCAGCUUCCCUUGGUGGCCUAAGAUUUGGUGAUCAGAUAUUGCAAAUUGAUGGAGUAAACAUGGCAGGCUAUGAUACUGAUAAAGCAAUGAAAGUACUCAAGAAUGCAUCACCUCAGAAAGUUGUGUUUGCAAUCAGAGACAGACCAUUUGAGCGCACCAUUGUACUACAGAAAGACAGCACUGGCCACGUUGGCUUUGUAUUCAAAGAUGGCAAGAUUACCAAGAUUGCAAAGGACACAUCUGCUGCAAGAAAUGGACUUUUGACAGAGCACCACCUUGUAGAAGUUAAUGGGCAAAAUGUUGUUGGGCUUAAGGAUUCUGAAAUCAAAAAGAUCCUAGAAGGCCAUGAUAGAACCAUCACAUUAACAAUCAUCCCUUCAUUCAUCUGUGAACACAUUAUGAAAUGCAUGUCUACCAGCCUGGUAAAGAAAAGCAUGGACCACUCCAUUCCUGAAGUGUAAAUACAACAACCAUCUUGUUUAGCAUCCCAAGCCAAUUUAAAGCAAAUUAUUGGAAAAACGAAAAUAAAUUCACAUUUAUAUCUUUUUAUGCGUGGUCAAGCUUAGCAYAAUACAAAGUUACCAGAAAUAAUUGAUUUACAUUUUCAGUUUAAUUUUCAUAGACUAACACGCUUACCACACUAAAACCAUGAAAUAGUAAUUUUUAGUCCCAAAUUAACAAUAUAAAAGAAAAGAAAGGUAAAUACUAAAAUAUAUGUUCAUGGAUUUGUGUGAAAUGCUUUCAACACUAGAGGGUGGGAUUGGAAACUCUUUGUAAUAUUAAUUGUCAAUAGCUGUAGUUAUGGUAUAAGCUUGACAUAAUAAUGGACAUGUAUUGCCAUUUUGUAAUAAAACAAGUUAUUGAUUUAGA